UUAAAAUGUCUUUACAAAAAGAGAUAUUUAAAAAAGGUAAUAGAAGCGCUGCGUUAUUUGAACCAAGGUUAAUCGAAGAACGGGAGGAUGUAGACGAUUCGAUGAAGGUAAUAGAAGAAGAAACUGAGAAGAGCAAUAUCAGAAGCCUUCCCACCGUAGCUUAUGACAUACAAGGCAAAGCGGCAAAUAAUAGCAGUCCAUUAUUUCUGCUCCAUCAUGGUGCUGGAUACUCUAGUUUAUCUUUCGCCUUAGCCGCUUUACAUAUUAAAAAUUUAACAAAUGGUGAAUUUACUAUGUUUGCAUAUGACUGUAGAGGUCAUGGGAAAACGAAAACAUCCGAUGAUCUCAAUUUAUCAUUGGAGCAAUUAAGUCAAGAUUUAGUCGACGUUUUGAAAGCAGCUUUUGGGAAUGAUGUUAUAACAAAUCGAGAAAUUUUCUUGGUGGGACAUAGUAUGGGAGGUUGUGUGGUGGCAGAUGCAAUGUCUAGACAAUUAAUACCUUCUGUGACUUGUAUGGCGGUGAUUGAUGUUGUUGAAGGAUCUGCAAUGGAAGCACUUUCGGGUAUGUUAAACUUUUGUAGGAAUAGACCGAGUGAAUUCAAAACUGUUGAGGAUGCGAUUUUAUGGAGCAAAAAAUCAGGUGCAAUUCGUAAUAUUGAAUCGGCCAGAAUUUCCAUACCUUGCUUAUUAACCGAACAAGAAACCUGUACAAAUAUUAAAAAAUAUACUUGGAGGACUGAUUUGGCUGCGACGCAACCCCAUUGGAGAGGGUGGUUUUCUGGAUUAUCCGAAAAAUUUCUAUCCUCCAAUGCUGCAAAACUACUUAUUCUCGCUGGUACCGAUCGAUUAGACAAACCACUAACAAUUGCACAAAUGCAAGGAAAAUAUCAGCUCAUGUUGUUACCUGAGGCAGGACAUAUGGUACAAGAGGAUAUACCAGAGAGAACUGCCUCAGCUUUAGUAGACUUCUGGAAGAGGAAUGAAAAAUUAGUAUUACCAAUAAAUUGGGUGAAUGUAUGGAAGGUUGACUGUAUUAUUGAUAAUUGUAAAAAACCUUCGACUAUCUAG